AUGUCAGCCGAGCAGCAACAAGGAACAAAUGCUGUGACUGUUGAGGAAAUGGGAACUCAGGAACAGGAGCCAAAGAAAGGUAAUCUAGUAGUUUGGUGUUUUAUCUUCUCUCUCAAGCAAAAGACCUUUACAGUGGAAGAAGCUGUGGAAACAAUUGGUUUUGGAAGAUUUCACAUUGCACUUUUUAUGAUCAUGGGUAGCACUGGUGUGGUAGAAGCAAUGGAAAUCAUGCUGAUUGCUGUAGUGGGUCCUGUCAUCCGGUGUGAAUGGCAGCUUAAAAAUUGGCAAGUGGCUUUAGUGACAACAAUGGUGUUUUUUGGCUACAUGGUGGCUAGUGUAACAUUUGGGAUGCUAGCAGAUAAAUUUGGCCGUUGUAAGGUUUUAAUCAUCUCUUUUGCAUGGGGAGCCUAUUUCUCUUUGCUGACAUCAUUUUCUCCUUCAUACAUCUGGUUUGUCUUUCUCCGAGCCCUCGUGGGAUGUGGAGUAUCAGGUCAUUCACAAGGGCUUAUAAUAAAAACAGAAUUUUUGCCCACAAAAUACCGUGGUUAUAUUUUGCCAUUAUCACAGAUAUUUUGGUUGUCAGGCUCCUUAUUAAUUAUUGGAUUGGCAUCAGUUGUUAACCCAACUCUUGGGUGGCGGUGGCUGAUACGAAUUGCUUCUAUUCCAGGCAUUCUACUUCUCCUUGUAUUUAAGUUUAUCCCUGAGUCUGCUCGAUAUAAUGUAUCUUGUGGAAAUGAUAAUGCAGCCCUUGCUACCCUCGAGUGGAUUGCUAAAAUGAACCAUUCUGUUAUGCCUGAAGGAAAGUUGGUAGAAACUGUUGAAGAAAAACGAGGUAGAUUGAAAGACCUAUUUGAUCCCAAAUACUUACGGACAUCUUUGCAAAUAUGGAUUAUAUGGCUUGGAAUUUCUUUUGCUUAUUAUGGUGUCAUCCUGGCCAGUGCAGAAUUACUGGAGAAGGAUCUGGUUUGUACAACAGGAGGAGGAUCAGCUUUAGAGGCAGAGCUGGGCCAUACUCAGGAUGAGUUUCAGAGCCCUUGUCUCUGCUAUACCUUUGCACCAUCUGAUUAUCAGAUCAUGUUCAUCAGCACAGUAGGAGAAAUUGCAUUAAAUCCCUUAAAUAUUCUUGGCAUCAACUUCCUGGGAAGACGAGUGAGCUUGACAAUAACAAUGGGAUGCACUGCUGUUUUCUUUCUUCUCCUCAAUAUAUGCACCACAAUGACUGGUCUUAUUGGUUUCCUCUUUAUGCUGCGUGCUUUUGUAGCUGCAAAUUUCAAUACUAUCUAUAUUUACACAGCGGAGGUUUAUCCUACCACCAUGAGAGCCAUUGGAUUAGGGACCAGUGGCUCUCUAUGUCGUAUAGGUGCUAUGGUAGCACCUUUUAUAGCACAAGUACUUAUGAAUGCUUCUUUCCUGGGGGCACUGUGCCUUUUUGCCUUGGUUUGCAUUGUGUGUGCUAUCUCGGCAUUCACUCUACCAAUAGAGACCAAAGGGAGAUCACUUCAGGUGGGUAAUUCAGCUUGCUUCUGA